AUGAACGGAACCUCCAGACGUUCCAGCUCUUACGAGUUUGUGCCCGAAUACUUGAAUCACGGGCCGUUGCGCCCCCAGCCCACGAAUUAUCACAAACACAACGGUUCGCUGUCGUUCCAACAGGGUCUGCAGACGGAUAAUCACUGCCCGACCUCUUCUUUUUACCAUCAGAGCAUCGAUAAUGUUCAGUACCUCCAUGACAGGCAGCCCUUCCCGCAGUCAAUCCAAAGAAGCGCUACUGACUACUCCAAUUUUGAAUAUCUGGAGAGAAUACCACUAGACGUACCACUGGACGACCCUAUUCCUCUCCCAAGCGCCACGGAUAGCGUUGCAAGCCAAGUCAGCCCGGAUCUGGGAUUCACUUCAGAGACUUCCAUGUCCUCCGCGGGUAACUACGUGAGCACAAGCCCCAGUUAUCUGGAGGAUUUUGUCACCACAGAACCAUCGUCGGAGGAAUCAGCCCACAUCGACGACUACCUCACCCAAUAUAUCAAGCUUGAAAUGAUCAGCACGCCCAAUGAACAUCGCUCAGAGGGUUUGGGAAUAAAGUCUUCAACGCAGUCUGCCCAAAAACGGUCGUCUCCAAAAACAAAUCCUCCACUCGUUUUCAAGCAAGAGGUUAUUUCUCCGACAGCCAAAAAAAUGGCUUUGCCCAAACUGAAGCCAAAACCAAAGACUCCUCGGGCACCACCGAAGUCUGCUAAUAAAAUGGCCAAAUCCCUGUCCACGACACAAAUGGCCACUGCAGCAGCUGCUGCUGCUGUAUCGUCUCAGGCUGCGCCGAAAAGAAAACCUAGCGUCUCGUCACUGUCGUCUGCAGCAGCAAUAGCCACCACCACGAUGGCUAGAAAUCCAGCUGAUGCACAAAAGACGCCGGUUUCCGCAAGAAAGUCGCUGCCGUCAACUCCCAAAAAAGCAUCAAAAUCACCGAGCCACUCGAAGCAGAAUUCCGGAAGCCGAUUUUCAUUUGUGUUUGAGACCGCUCCGAAAAUGCCAGUUAAUAGCUCUUCCGCAUGUUCACUGUCCUCCAAUUCGACCGUCUCUUCUAAUUUGUCAGCCUCCUCGCCAACUCACAGCAUGGGCUCGCCCACGACCAUCCCGCACUCCAUCAACGCAUCGUCCAAGCCUACAUUCAUUAUCUACUCGCAACAGCAUCAAUUCAUUCCCGAGACCAUACCGAACUAUUUUCGCCCUCACUCGCGUCGCAACAGCAUCGCCACCUCGACGUCGUCCGGCGUCACUCCGCUGCAGAGCCCGAUGUCUUCGUCUAUGUCUAAAUUUCCCAAAGCGCCAACAUACUCGUCUUCAGUGUCGUCCGUGUCAAUAUCGAGCACAAAGUACAAGAAACUGGCCAAAACGUCACAUUCAAAGCACGUGAUAGAUACCGAUCUGAAACAUAACUCGGAAUUUCAAAAGUCCAUUACCAAGUUCCCUAAGAACGACGUCGUUCCAUUCGAGCCGAAGAUCUACAAGGACAUGAGACAGGGCCUGAUGGAAUUCCAGCUUCAGGUUCCGCCCAAAUAG